CUUCGUUUUGAUUCCUGGCCAAGAAAACAAGCCGAGCGAUAUUCGUAACGUAAGCACGGAUGUUCCGGACUUAUUAUCGUACCUGGCUGAUAACCCAACAAGAAUUUAAUACAUAUUUCUAUUAUCGCAACGUUGAAUUUAUCCAUGUCACUUUUGAGUCGGAUAGAUUCAAGCUUUCCGAAUGAAUCGGAGUCGUUAUCAUUCAUGACCGAAGACCGCGCGGAGGAAAAAAGAAACGUCAGUUUGGCGGAGCUGUGCGGAGGACGACACGGUUAAAACAAGCUAACCGAAGAGAAGAACAUCGCCAAGAUUCACCCCGACGAUAACCCGCUCAAGUCUCCCUGUUUAGUAUUUUAUUUAAUUUUUUUAGGUACGGAAACGACACCCGGCAACGUCAAAACCAGCGUCAAGCCGCCGUGCAAGUUUUGAUGAUGAACCACUUAUCCCUCAGUGAGCUAUGUUGCCUGUUCUGCUGUCCACCAUGUCCCAGCAAGAUUGCUUCGAAACUUGCCUUCUUGCCGCCAGAUCCCACCUACAGUCUCAUGUGUGACGACAGCGGCAGCCGAUGGACUCUGCACCUCUCGGAGCGGGCCGACUGGCAGUACUCUGCACGCGAGAAGGAUGCCAUUGAAUGUUUCAUGACGCGCACUUCAAGAGGGAAUCGUAUCGCCUGCAUGUUUGUCCGGUGUUCUCCGAGUGCGCGUUAUACACUGCUUUUCUCCCACGGGAACGCAGUGGAUCUGGGCCAGAUGAGCAGCUUCUACAUUGGCCUGGGAUCACGGAUCAACUGCAAUGUCUUCUCCUAUGACUACUCUGGGUACGGGGUCAGUUCUGGGAAGCCAUCGGAGAAGAACUUGUAUUCUGAUGUAGACGCAGCCUGGCAUGCUCUCAGGUCACGGUAUGGCAUUCGGCCAGAGAACGUGAUUGUGUAUGGCCAGAGCAUUGGCACUGUGCCAUCUGUGGAUCUGGCCUCUCGCUGUGAGAGUGCUGCAGUCAUCCUCCACUCACCCCUCACCUCUGGCAUGCGAGUGGCUUUCCCUGACACAAAGAAGACCUACUGCUUCGACGCCUUCCCAAACAUUGACAAGAUUUCGAAGAUAACCUCGCCAGUUCUGGUGAUACAUGGAACAGAGGACGAGGUCAUCGACUUCUCCCACGGCCUGGCACUGUAUGAACGCUGCCAGCGCCCCGUAGAACCGCUGUGGGUGGAGGGGGCCGGACACAAUGACGUGGAGCUCUAUGGACAGUACCUGGAGAGACUCAAGCAGUUUGUCGCUCACGAGCUGGUCGACUUGUAGCUGUGCGCUGAGAAGAAGGCAGCAGUUUUAGUGGGAGUUCCUACUUUAGUUUUUAAUUUUUAAGGAAUAAGAAGCAGCAUGUGAAGUGAAACCAGGAGAAGUGAUGUUUGUCUUUGUAGUACUGAAUUUUCUAUGGCAGAUUUGUUGUAAAUCAGCCAGUUUCCCCCGACAUUGAGGCUGCCGUAUAGCCCACGCCACGUGCUGCAGCUGUGAACUGGGAGAAGGAAAAAAGAAAAAAAAGAUCCUCUGGAAUCCCAUCCUUUUUUUUCCAAUUAUAUGUUCAAAGUUGCACAUUAUGGCAGUGCCUGAAAAAGACAUAUGUAUCAACGUUAUUAUAAGAUCGCAUGUACGUCACUCCCUGUAAACCAGUUGGGCCAAUGUGGGAUAGACUUUCUCACCAAACUGAAUGGCUACCUACCUUCAACACCACUCUGGUCUUCCACACCUUGUUUUUGCAUAAUUUUUUAUUUAUUUAUUUUUGUUUGUUUUAAGUAUCCAACAUGUUAACACGUACUAGCCAAUGCUGAGAACUUCACCAGAUAAACCAGAGAAGAUGGAGCUGUGCCUGUGUUGCCAAACAUUUAGUACAAUGACUUAAACACACGUGAGUAUACUUUGUGCAGAUGAGAAAACAGAAACAUAUUAAAUCUGCAGUUUAGCUCAGCGAUAGUCCACAACAAUGGUCGAAGGAGAAGUAAGGGGCUGAUGUAGCCUGCGAGAAAGAUGACUGAGAGGUUGUGUUAUCUCGCGCACCAUCUUUAGAGAACAUUUUCUACCAUUUUUACAUCAAAGCAGUGCUGCUGCAACAUCCGUUUCACUGCGCUGAACCACGUGGUUUCUGACAAACUAAGUGCUGGACAGCCUGACCAGUAAAAUCUCACUUCUGUUUAA